UUUUUCCGUCGCCAGUCAUUUAUUUAGUCUCGUGCUAGACGGUCAACGCCACCGUUGCUGGGUAAUUUUAGACGCGAUCACACAGCAUCGGUUUGAAAAUAGACACAUUAUCAAACAAAAAAAUUAAAGGUCAUGGCUCAGAACAAGCUUUCGUCGGAGGAAAUCUUCGCUUUGGAAGACAAGUAUGGCUGUCGCAAUUACGCGCCUCUGCAAGUUGCCUUAACUCGUGGUGAAGGUGUGUUCGUGUGGGACGUGGAAGGCAGGCGGUACUAUGACUUCCUGAGCGCCUACUCCGCAGUCAACCAGGGCCACUGUCAUCCCAGGAUUAUUAAGGCGCUCAAUGAACAAGCUAACAAACUUACUCUUGUCUCCAGAGCAUUCUAUUCCGACCAAUUGGGUAAGUACGAGAAGUUUAUGACGGAGCUGUUGGGGUACGACCGGCUGCUGCCUAUGAAUACGGGCGUGGAGGGCGGCGAGAGCGCCUGCAAGAUCGCACGCAAGUGGGGCUAUGAGGUUAAGAAGAUACCGCAAAACCAAGCUAAGAUAAUAUUCGCGGAGGGCAACUUCUGGGGUCGCACGCUUGCUGCGGUGUCCUCGUCCUCGGACCCGACAUGUUCCGACGGCUUCGGUCCCUACAUGCCGUGCUUCGAACUCAUACCAUACAAUGAUAUUCCCGCAUUAGAGAAAGCGCUAAAAGACCCGAACGUGGCCGCCUUCAUGGUGGAGCCGAUCCAAGGCGAGGCGGGCGUCGUGAUACCGGACACUGGAUACUUACAGAAGGUCAGGUCGCUCUGCACCAAGUACAACGUGCUCUGGAUCGCAGACGAGGUGCAAACAGGAUUAGGUCGCACUGGCAAGUUAUUAGCUGUCGAACACGAGGGUGUGAAGCCAGACAUACUGAUCCUUGGCAAAGCACUAAGCGGCGGUGUACUGCCGGUCUCCGCUGUGCUCGCCAACAAUAAUGUUAUGGAUGUAAUCAAACCAGGAACGCACGGGUCAACUUAUGGUGGUAAUCCCCUAGCGUGUGCUGUAGCUACCGAAGCUAUUAAGGUUUUAUUAGAGGAUAAAUUGAUAGAGAAUGCGGCGCGUCUGGAGACGGUGUUCCGCGCCGAGCUGGAGAAGAUCCCCAAGUCGAAGGUGAAUGUGGUGCGCGGCCGCGGACUUAUGUUCGCUAUCGUCAUUGAUGACAGUAUCCCAGCAUACGAGGUGUGCAAGCGACUGCGCGACGCGGGCUUGAUCACGAAGCCAACUCACGGCCAGACUAUCCGCCUCGCGCCGCCGCUCGUCAUUACAGAGCAACAGAUCCGCGAGGGAGCGAGCAUCAUUCAGAAAGUACUAGAAGAUUUCAAGAAGUAAAUUAACUGUCAAUAGCAUAUGGUAAUACCUCAGCCCGCGACCCCAAGCUUCCGGAAUUGUUGCGGUAAACAAAUAUGAAUUUAUUCUUUGUUACUUAGUCUUUGACCACUUAUUAACAAAGGAUCCACGUGAAAAGAAUAUGUUGCCAGUAUUGAGUAUUUUAAUUUCGAUGCAUUCUUGUUUUGAAUGAAUAUAGAAGCAGUAAAAAAAAACGCGCGCUUUCUAUAUUACAACGAUGAAAGAACACAAGUCGACAUUUUUGUGUCUACUAAAAUUAUAAGAAUUUUACAAACUGGCAAUUAUUUAGUUCCUUUGUGGUUCACUAAGUACCAAAGAGCAUAUAAAAUACUUAUAUGAUUGUCCGGGGCUCUCCUGUAAUCUCUUUAAUUUCGGAACUUGAAAUUCUGGGUUGAACUUAUAAGCACUAUAUUUUCUAGGUUUGUUUUUAUCAACAGUUUAUUUGUUAUCGAUAAAUGAAAAAGAAAAGAUUAUUU